AUGGCGCUGCGCAAGGUGCGCAGCAACCUCGAUAGGUUGUUCGAUAAAAGCCUUACGGACCUUAUACGUGGUAUACGCAAUAAUAAAGAAAACGAGACGCGAUAUAUUGCAUCAUGUAUAGAAGAGAUCAAAAUCGAGCUGCGUCAAGAUUCUACAUACAUCAAAGCAAACGCUAUUGAAAAGCUCGCCUAUUUGCAAAUGUUAGGGUACGAUAUUUCCUGGGCCGCGUUCAACAUAAUUGAGGUUAUGGCUUCCACGAAGUACACAGAAAAACGAAUAGGAUACCUUGCUGCAGCUCAGUGUUUCCAUGAUACGACUGAGGUCCUAAUGCUGACAACAAAUUUGAUCCGCAAAGAUCUCAACAGCUCCAACAUGUAUGAUUCCGGUGUUGCACUUGGAGGUCUGUCCUGUUUCGUGACUCCAGAUCUUGCAAGGGAUCUAGCCAGUGACAUUGUCAAUCUCCUUUCCUCGUCACGACCGUACACGCGAAAACGAGCCGUUUUGCUUUUGUACAAAAUAUUUCUAAAAUAUCCGGAGGCGCUAAGGCCGACGUUUCAUCGGCUGAAAGACAAACUUGAAGAUCCUGAUCCCGGCGUUCAAAGUGCUGCUGUCAACGUCAUAUGUGAGCUCGCUCGUAAAAAUCCUAAAAAUUACCUGACACUUGCACCGGUUUUCUUCAAACUAAUGACAACGUCCAGCAACAAUUGGAUGCUGAUCAAAAUAAUCAAACUGUUCGGAGCGUUGGUACCACUCGAGCCACGUCUGGGCAAGAAACUGCUUGAGCCGCUAACUAACCUUAUCAAUAGGUAUCAUUUACUAUUAUAA